AUGGCUUUGUUUGCUGUGGCUCGAAAUGGAUCAUCGAUAUUGAAUGAAGCGCAAAGUGACGAAUUGACAACAUUCUAUAAAUAUAUCACACAACGAAUGAAAAUCGAGUAUGAGAACGAAACGGUCUAUUACAAGAGUGGUCUUUGUGAGCCAUUCUGCGAAUUCAAUGCACAACUUUGGAAUAUUCUUGUAGGUUUUCUUUCGUGGAAUAUUCCAGUGAAUAUUACCAAAUGGGGAAAGUGA